CACAGCCUUAACAAGUUACAGUGGCCGUUCACUUCGUCUCGGUUCUGCUAAAACCCUAAACCCUCGCAGUCUCCCCGAAUCAUUCACGUAUUCUUCUUCUUCUUCUUCUUCUUCAAUCCUUCGAUGGCUUCGGCAUGCAACAGAUUCGUCAGCAGAGCAUCCCUAUCGUCCGUAAAAUCCGCCAUUAGAUCUAAUGUCCGUACAUCUCCACUUACCAAAUCCGCCACGUCCACCUCUCCGGGCGUCCCUCUUCCCUCUAGAUCCACUUCGAGUUCUCUUCCCCGAUUCUCAUUCUCCAGGUGUCCCGCGGAACUGGGAUGCGUGCAGUCCAUGUUGCCACUUCACAGCGCGGUGGCAGUGGCGAGAAUGAUGUCUUGCCUGAGCACCACAUCGAGGAGUUCUCGAGCGCUCUCGCAGGAUGGAGUUGAUGGUACGUGAGCAUGUGUGCUGUAUUUGGAGAGCUUGGUCUGUCAGUUCCAAGGUGACUUUUUAUAGCAGUUCACUAAUGACGAGAUGUUAUCUUCACAAGAAUGGAAAAUCUUGCAGCAAAGAUCACAGUUUUGGUUUCGGAAGUUCAGUCAAUACUGCCUGAACCUUUCACGCAAGGAUACUGAUUUUGAUUCUUCCCACCAAAUAAAUAUUUGUUCAGUACCUAUUCAUUUAUGUUUAAUCAUCAAGCCUGUCUGUUCAGCACAAUUUCUUCUCUGCCGGUUGCUUGUUUUGUUCUCGCCAAUUUGUUGCAUUGCCUUUGCAGUCCCAAGGCUGCAUGGAGACAUUUGAUGUAGUCCCAAUACGUGAACUUCGAUACUUAAUCA